AUGGCGUUCGCUCUACCACUAUUGGCGCUUGUUGCGCUAGGUCCUCAGUUUGUGACUGCAGGUAUCAUUGAUCGCCGCUCAGUGUUGUCGGUCAGCGAUGCAGACUGGGAUGCCUUCAACUCAAGUGUCUCCGGGCGGUUGCAAAAUGGCGUGCCGAUGCUUGCGCCUUGCUAUACCAACUACAAUGGACAGCAACAGGACGUGGAUUCCCAAGUGUGCGACGCCCUGCAACAGAACCGAGCCAACCAUCUCUUCGUCACGGACCAGUUCGGCGGCUAUCAGGAAUCGAACUGGGGCGGAUGCCAAAAGACUGGAGACAACUGUGCGAUGAAGCUUACGGUGCCAGAUACGGAGACUCCAACAUCAAGACCAUGCAUGCAGGGAAGUGUUCCGACAAGAUAUGUUGAUGCGCAGAGCGUGGAGGACAUACAGAAGACGCUGCAAUUUGCGAGCGAUAACGACCUGCGGUUGGUUGUCAAGAACACCGGGCAUGACUAUACGGGGAGGAGCUCGGCUCCGGAUUCAUUUGCGCUUUGGACGCAUAACAUUCAACCUCCUAUCGAACUCACCAAGGCUUUCGUUCCUGAGCAAUGUUCAGAUGCAGUCGGCGAUGUGAUCACCGUCGGUGCUGGACAGCAGUUCGGCGGAGUUUACGAAUGGGCCAAUGCCAACGGGUACCGAGUCGUGGGUGGUACAUAUGCAGGCGUUGGUAUGGCCGGUGGCUGGUUGACCGGAGGAGGACAUAGCAUGCUGUCUCCUGAACUAGGUCUCGGUGUCGACAAUGUCCAGCAGAUCAAAGCCGUGCUUCCAAACGGAAAGUAUGUCACCGCGAAUCGGUGUCAGAACCAGGAUAUCUUCUUCGCCCUGCGCGGUGGCGGCGGCGGCACUUUCGGUGUUGUGGCGGAGAUCAGUUACUCCGUCCAUCCCAAGAAGGAUAUGCAGUUUGCACGAGUUGCUAUCGACGGGACCAAUGACGACGUUGUUGCUGAGCUCAUCUCAAUUCUGGUCGAGAACGCCGACAAAUGGGCAUCCGAAGGCUGGGGAGGCUAUGUUUUGAUGCCCGUGGGCCGAAGCUCGAUGAUUUCCCUGGGCACGUCGUUGCUCGACCUGUCUGAUGCUCAGGAGUCUAUGCAGCCUCUGUUUGACUUGGCCAACAGACCCACUGACGGAGGAACAGUGGGCAAUGCCAGUAUCGCGACUGCGGAUUAUAGCGACGUCCUCGGAGGUAUCAUUGCCGCUACAGAGAGCCAGAUCCUACCAAGCUCGGCCUGGACCAUGGCUACGCGUCUUGUCCCUCAAGAAUACUUUGUCGGCGACAACCAGCAGCAGCUCUCUUCUACUUUGCACGACAUAAUGAUUGUGGCAAAGGGACAAAAGGUGCCUGCGCAGUCUACGCUGAUGCUUUACGCAACAACGCCGUACCUGUAUUCUCAGACAAUGACCAAGGAAGACAAGGUUGGAGGCCAGGAUGCAUCCUCAGUGACUCCGGCCUGGCGUCACGGGCUCUGGCACGUCCUCUUUACUCGACAGUUCGACGGCACAACCACCGACCAGAGCGUGGUCAAGAAUCUGUGGCAGACAACGCACGAGAUGAUUAACCCGCUGCGGGAUCUUACGCCCAACGGCGGUGCGUAUCAAAAUGAAGCUGAUCCCUUCGAGCCUAAUCCCGCACACUCGUUCUGGGGACAGGAGAACUAUGACAGACUGCUCCAGAUCAAGAACAAAGUUGAUCCAACCAACCUGCUAACUGUUCACAACGGUAUUGGGUGGGAUAAGACGGAUGGGAAAUACAGUUGCUAUCCUGACGUUAAGAGUUCGUGUCCCGCGUCCGGCGAACCUGCCACACCAAACGACGAGUUUUUCGGGUUACCGAAACUGUCCGCCGUCGUUGACUAUGUUGAAACGUAUAUGGAACACGUAACCGAGUAA